GUAAAAUCCAAAACAAUGUAAUUAGGUCACCCGCAUCCAAAUUAAUCAAAGCUAUCGAACCUAAUUACAAAUUUUCCCAUUUGUGGCAAUUAGCCAACAGCUCUAUAGAGGGUACGUAGUACUUGUCCACUCGCUCCCGUCGUGCAGAGCCACAAUUCUUUGUCAACCAUUUGGAUCCCACGCUCUCCUGACCGCGCGUGGACACACUCAACGUCCUUCCUUCAGGAUUCAUCUACUUUAUCAGAUCCAGAUCCGUCUCUCAGCUCCAACCUCUCUCUCUCUCCCCUCUCAAUUUUCAACACAUAACCCAAUUAGGCAAUUACAGUGAACUGUGCAAACCCGUUCACUCAGUUAACGAGCGAAGAAAAUAUGGCGCGAGGAGGGGGGUGGCGAGUUGUCGUUUUGUUGCUUGUGUGCGCCGCGGUUAGUGUGAGAUCGGACGGGUCGGAUCACAAGUACAAGGUUGGCGAUCCGGUUCCGCUUUAUGCGAACAAGGUUGGCCCGUUUCACAACCCUAGUGAAACAUACCGAUACUUUGAUCUCCCCUUCUGUUCUCCAGGUACUGUGAAGGACAAAAGUGAAGCUCUUGGUGAAGUGCUAAAUGGUGAUCGUUUGGUUAGUGCUCCGUACAAGCUCGACUUUUUAGUUGACAAAGAAUCUGAAGUCAUCUGUAAAAAGAAAUUAUCACAGAAAGAAGUUGCUGAGUUUCGAAGAGCUGUUGCAAAGGACUAUUAUUUUCAAAUGUAUUAUGAUGACUUGCCGAUAUGGGGUUUCCUGGGAAAGGUUGACAAGGAAGGAAAAGCAGAUCCUAGCGAGUACAAAUAUUACCUAUUUCAGCAUCUCCAUUUCGAAAUAUUUUACAACAAGGAUCGUGUGAUUGAGAUCAAUGCACGUACAGAUCCUAGUGCCCUUGUGGACCUUACUGAUGACAAGGAAGUUGAUGUGGACUUUAUGUACUCAGCUAAAUGGAAGGAAACUACUGUACCUUUUGAAAAGAGGAUGGAUAAGUACUCACAUUCGUCUUCACUUCCUCGGCACUUAGAGAUCCAUUGGUUUUCAAUAAUCAAUUCAUGUGUUACUGUUCUUCUUCUUACUGGUUUUCUUGCUACGAUUUUGAUGAGAGUGCUUAAAAAUGAUUUUGUCAAGUAUGCCCAUGAUGAGGAGACAGCAGAUGACCAAGAAGAAACUGGAUGGAAGUACAUUCAUGGUGAUGUUUUCAGGUUCCCAAAAUACAAGUCUUUAUUUGCAGCUGCCCUUGGUAGUGGAACGCAACUCUUUACCCUGGCAACUUUUAUAUUCUUACUCGCUCUUGUUGGUGUAUUUUAUCCCUACAACCGAGGAGCUCUUUUUACUGCACUGCUCGUUAUAUAUGCGCUUACAUCUGGCAUUGCAGGCUAUACAGCAGCCUCUUUUUAUUGCCAGUUAGAGGGAACCAAUUGGGUCAGGAAUUUAUUGUUGACUGGAGGCUUGUUCUGUGGACCACUCUUUCUCACAUUUUGCUUCCUUAACACUGUUGCCAUUGCUUACCAUGCUACUGCAGCUCUUCCCUUUGGUACCAUUGUGGUUAUCUUCUUGAUAUGGGCUCUUGUGACAUCACCUCUAUUAGUAUUGGGAGGAAUAGCAGGGAAAAAUAGUAAGGCUGAGUUUCAAGCUCCUUGUCGCACCACAAAAUAUCCGAGAGAGAUACCACCACUGCCUUGGUAUCGUGGGACACUGCCUCAGAUGGCCAUGGCUGGAUUUUUGCCAUUCAGUGCAAUUUACAUUGAGCUUUACUAUAUCUUUGCCAGUGUCUGGGGUCACAGGAUUUACACCAUUUACAGUAUUUUGUUCAUAGUCUUCAUUAUCCUAUUAAUUGUCACUGCAUUCAUCACUGUGGCUCUGACAUAUUUCCAACUUGCUGCUGAAGAUCAUGAAUGGUGGUGGAGGUCUUUUCUUUGCGGUGGAUCAACUGGUUUGUUUAUUUACGCAUACUGCCUUUAUUACUACUAUGCUCGGUCAGACAUGUCGGGCUUCAUGCAGACCUCGUUUUUCUUUGGGUACAUGGCUUGUAUAUGCUAUGCUUUCUUCCUAAUGCUUGGAGCUGUAGGUUUCCGUGCUGCUUUGUUCUUUAUCGAGAUCUGUGCUCCCCCGUCUGUAGAUAUUCUUAAACCCAUUCGCUCUCAACGUGUUUUCUUCAAGAAAAUGGCGACAAGAGGAGGGUGGCACGUCGUAGUUUUGCUGCUGUUAUGCAUCGUGUUACCGGCCGUGAGGUCUGAUGCAUCCGAUCACAAAUACAAAGUCGGUGAUCCGGUGCCGUUGUAUGCGAACAAGGUUGGGCCAUUUCACAACCCUAGUGAAACAUACCGUUACUUUGACCUCCCAUUCUGUUCUCCAGGUAAAGUGAAGGAUAAAAGUGAAGCUCUUGGUGAAGUGCUAAAUGGAGACCGUUUGGUCAGUGCUCCGUACAAGCUUGACUUUUUGGUUGAUAGGGAGUCCGAAGUCAUAUGUAAGAAGCAGCUGUCAAAGAAAGAAGUUGCUGAGUUCCGAAGCGCAGUCGCAAAGGAUUACUAUUUUCAAAUGUAUUAUGAUGACUUGCCAAUAUGGGGUUUUCUGGGAAAGGUCGACAAAGAAGGCAAAACAGAUCCGAGCGAGUACAAAUAUUACCUAUUUAAGCACCUCCAUUUCGAAAUCUUCUAUAACAAAGAUCGUGUGAUUGAGAUCAAUGCACGUACAGACCCCAGUGCCCUUGUAGACCUUACCAAUGAUAAGGAAGUUGAUGUGGAGUUUAUGUACUCUGCCAAAUGGAAGGAAACUAGCAUACCUUUUGAGAAGAGGAUGGAGAAGUACUCCCAUUCUUCCUCACUUCCUCGUCACCUGGAGAUCCAUUGGUUCUCAAUUAUCAAUUCAUGUGUGACUGUUCUUCUUCUUACUGGAUUUCUUGCCACAAUUUUGAUGAGAGUACUCAAAAAUGAUUUCGUCAAGUAUGCCCAUGAUGAGGAGACAGCAGAUGACCAGGAAGAAACUGGGUGGAAAUACAUUCAUGGUGAUGUUUUCAGGUUUCCAAAGUACAAGUCUUUGUUUGCUGCUGCCCUUGGAAGUGGCACACAACUCUUUACCCUGGCGACUUUUAUAUUCUUACUUGCUCUUGUUGGUGUAUUUUAUCCCUACAACCGAGGAGCUCUUUUCACUGCACUGGUGGUGAUAUAUGCACUCACAUCUGGCAUUGCUGGAUAUACAGCAGCAUCUUUCUAUUGCCAGUUAGAGGGAAAAAAUUGGGUCCGGAAUUUACUUUUGACUGGAGGCCUCUUCUGUGGACCACUUUUUCUCACAUUUUGCUUCCUUAACACCGUUGCCAUUGCUUACCAUGCUACUGCAGCUCUUCCCUUUGGUACCAUUGUAGUGAUUUUUCUGAUAUGGGCUCUCGUGACAUCACCCUUACUAGUAUUGGGAGGAAUAGCAGGGAAAAACAGUAAGGCUGAGUUUCAAGCUCCUUGUCGCACCACGAAAUAUCCUCGGGAGAUCCCUCCACUGCCUUGGUACCGAAGUGCCCUGCCUCAGAUGGCCAUGGCCGGAUUUUUGCCAUUCAGUGCCAUAUAUAUUGAGCUUUACUAUAUAUUUGCCAGUGUCUGGGGUCACAGGAUUUACACUAUUUACAGCAUCUUAUUCAUAGUCUUCAUUAUUCUCUUGAUUGUCACCGCAUUUAUCACUGUGGCGUUGACAUAUUUCCAACUUGCUGCUGAAGAUCAUGAAUGGUGGUGGAGGUCAUUUCUAUGUGGUGGAUCAACUGGCUUGUUUAUUUAUGGCUACUGCCUCUACUACUACUAUGCGCGGUCUGAUAUGUCGGGCUUCAUGCAAACGUCGUUUUUCUUUGGGUACAUGGCUUGUAGAAAUUGGCAGGGUGUGAUUGUUUUUGAUGAGUUGGGAAGAAAAGUAGGGGUCGAUGACAAAUUAGAUAUGGUGUCGUCUCAGAGGAAAAUUUAUGCAUGGUUUCUUGUGGACUCAGUUUCCUGAGAACCAAAGUAGUUCUUUUUGUUUAGGACUUACAAAACUUAUAUCAAAUAGUAGGUGAAGUUUCGUUAUUUUCAUACUUUCCCCAAGUCUUGGAACAUUUUUCAUUGAAGGAUGUGAAAGAGGUGAUAAGCUUGCUAUUCAGUGCCACGCGUUUUAUUUGACCAAAUGCAUUUCUUAGGCUGUUAUCCACGAUGAUAUUCAAUGGUGAUUUAAGGAGCAAGUGGCUCGUCAAAACUCUUUACCUUUGGGUAUUAUUGACUGGAAUAAUUGGAAAUUUAUCCAAUGAAUUUUCGUUAUACAAAGCAAAUUCAUGAAAUAUGGUAUAAAAUAUUUAAUUAUCUAAUGCACACACGCCUAUAUAUGUAUGGAAACAUCUCUUAGCUCGUGAGUUGAUAGU